AAUAAAAUUCAUUUUAAUGUUCGUUUAUGCAGUACCGCAAGCAGAGCAUCCAAAGCUUCCGAGAUAGUUGCAUAAAUGAGAUACAUCCCUGCGUAAACGAACGAUGAACUGCGCUGCAGUCACUUUCGCAGAUGGAGUAAACGAACGACAUCUGCGGUAGUGACUGCAUAAACAAAUAUACCCAUAGUUCUCGUGAUCCCUCGCAUCCAUUGGUUGCGGUUAGCAGAGAAAGUAGAUCAGUGAGCGCUCAGUGAUUUUUCAACUUACGAUUCAUAAAUUUGAAAACUUGAGAACGAUCUGAUUUCACUAGGUUCACUUCAGUUCAGUUUAGUGUAGUCUCAAUACAGUAAAAAAGAAGAUAAAUCUUUGUUUUGGAAUAAAAAUGGCACCUAUCACAGUUAUUAAUUAUUUCUUUAUAUUUGUGUUCGUACUCUGUUGCAUUUCUAUUGUGGAUUCUGCAGAUGAUUAUUAUGUAUCUGCGAGAGUUGAGAGCUGUAGCGGCUGUUCUCUCAACCGAUUGUUAGACAUCAAACAAUUCAUCUUCGAGGAUUUACCAUUAUAGUAUCCUUUACAAUAAUUAUAUACUUUACA